AUGUCUCUGCUUCUACUUGGAGGCGAAACACUACUAUCACCGCUGUUACUUUUCUCUUCUGAUGAUGAAACUCCUUGUUCAUCAUCAAUAUCGCACCAUCAUCAGAUACAACAAGAACAAGAACAACAGGAUAAGAAGAAAAAUAAAUUUUCAUCAACCUGUCUUGCGAGUUGUGCAUCAACCGAGAAUGGUAUCAUUGACAAGAGAUUAUUCUAUAAUUCGUAUGUAUCUCUGGAUCCAGAUAGCGAAAAUCCAAACCAUGUGGUUGACUGCAGUAAAGAUUUUCUUCAUCCAAUGAUUAUUAGAAACAGAACUAUUACAUCAACUAGAAUGAGUUUUAUUCGAGGUGCAUCGCCUGAAGAGAAAGGAGCCAGAUUUGAUUUCCUGUCUACUUUGCAGGUAGAUCAAAGAAAAUUGGUGAGUGAUGAGAAUCGAAUUUAUACAAUCGGGCACUUUUCAGGGUCUGAUGUGGCAGUGGCUGAUGAGGUCGUAGCAGAGAUUUCAGCUGGUGUUACUCAAGGGUAUUGGGUAAUUUAUGAAAAUAGUAACAUGUUUAGACUUUUCAAAGUUGGAAUAGUUACAAGAAACACCAAAUACUAUUUAUACACGAUGGCUAAGCUUGAUCAUAAUGGGAAAAGGAGAGUAGCAUUGGGAGGUGAAUUGCCUCAAUAUUUGGAAAUUGCAAAAACCCAAUACGAAUCUAAAUCAACACUAAUGUUAUUCCAAUUUGAUCUGGAUAAUAUUUUGGAUCAACCAGCAAUUAAUAAGGAAGCUGAGCUCCCUCAACCCAUUUUCCCUCCACCUGCCAUUAUUAUGCCAAAUACAAUUAUGGGUAGUGUGGCUAUGAACAUAGUUAAGGAUGUUACUUACGGCCAAGAUGGAACACUAUAUUUUACAGGAGUAUUUAAUGCCAAAUUAACUUUUGUGGAUGUUGGAGUUGUUUUAGAAUCUAGAAAACAAAGCUCUGUAUUCUAUGGUGCCCUCUCCAACACAACUGGAAAGGUAAUUUAUGCCACUAAAGUAGAUCCUUUACCAUCCUAUCUUUAUGGUUCUUCUUCAGCUCAUUUGAUUACCUUAUCUCCUAAGAAGGACAGAGUUUUCAUUGCAGGUACCAUGGAAACCAUGUUGACAGAUGUUGGAACAGUUCACCAAGUUUAUAUUGUUUGCUACGAUGCUUUCAAGACUACCGAUCAAGAAAUUUGGUCACAAAUUAUUGAAAUUGAUGGAGCAAAAUCUGUGGAAGAUAUAACAUUUUUGGGUGAUGUUAUGCUAAUUAAUGUUCAACUUUCGAAUUUUAGUAGUAUCAUUUCCCAAGUAUCAAUAGACGAUGGAAGUCUUAUAGCUCAUCUAGUUCAAUAUGAUAAUCCAUAUUUUGGUGUUAAAAUUCGAGCAAACAAUUACAAUGAGCUUGUAGUUAUCGGAAAGAAUGGUAAUGUCUACUCUAAUAUUGAUUGGGAUAGUUUUAUAACCUUUGGUGUUCAAAGCUCAAUCACUCUCUUUGCCCAAAAAUUUGUUAACACUGGCGAUAGUACAAAUGUACAACUCAAACAAACCUACAUUCACUCUUUCAUUAAGGGAUCCUUGAUAGCCACUCAACCAUUAAUGUUAUCGACCGAUGCAAGGACUCCAAGACAGUUCUAUGUGUCUGCUUCUUUCAGUGGUAAUGUGCAAGUAAUUGGAGAUCCAAGUACUGUUGUUAGCCCUGUAGGCUUCAUUAAUACACUAGUUUCAACUGUUACAGAGGGUUGUAAUAAGUGUAGUGAUAUACUUUGUACUAUUCCUUUAUGUGGAUUUUACUCUCAAGAUGAUACAAGAGCAUGUACAGGAAGAGGAAAAUGUGUUAGACCAAAUUCUUGUUCUUGUAGCUUGGGAACAUUUGCUGGUGAGUCAUGUCAGUAUCCUGUAUGCUUUGACAUUCCACAAAAUGAUGUGCAGACCUGUUCAGGCAAUGGACGAUGUGCUUUUCCUGACUAUUGUAUUUGUAAUGAGAAUUACACAGGAAAGAAUUGCGAAAUUGCUAAUUGCUUUGGGGUUGACGCAACCAAUAUGUCUGUAUGUGCUUCUCACGGAGCUUGUGUUGCUAAAGAUGUUUGCAAGUGUUAUACUAACUAUACUGGUGAAAAUUGUGGCUCUGAAAUUGUGCAAGGAUUUACUAGUUGUGGAGUCGGCUCGUAUUUGGUAAAUCAAACAGAUGCAGACAAAAUUGUGAGUCCAAUCUUUUUAUAUGGAACAGUUCCUUCACUCUACAUUUCUUUUGGUAGACAUGGUAGUAUUUCAUAUACAGGCUUUGGUAUUUCUACAAGUCCAAGAGGUCCUUUGAAUGGAAUUUCUGUCAGGUUUUCAUCGGUUUUGGAUGCUGAAAGCUUCAACUACUUUGCUACUCUCUCAGAUCAAACCAAUUCUACAGAUGGAAUUACUGUAACCAGUGUUGCUACUGACAGGUUUGAUAACACUUGGGUUGUUGGAUGGAAAGCCAAACAAAAUUAUGGAGCUACACAAUUCACAGGUGUAAUGUUAAAAAUCAAUGAAGGAAGAAUUCAAGUAAGAAAGGAGUUUAUCAACGUAAUCCCUGAAUCUAUUAGAAUAACUGAAGAUUUAUCAAUUUUAAUCACUGGAGGAUAUAGAGGAAGCGUUGAAAUUGAUCCUAGCUGUACUACAACUUCUUCUUCUCUUGUUAACACUAUAGUAUUUGAAAUUGAGCCUUUUAAUAUGGUUUGUUUGUGGAUAGCCACUAGUGAGGGUAUGUCUAAAGGGUUCUCUGUAUUACCAGAUUCUGUAGGAAAUGUUGUAAUUUCUGGUGUUUUCAAGAGUGCAGUCAGGUUUGAGGAUUUGCAAAUAAUCAAUCACAAUUCAGAAGUACUCUCUUACUAUUUACUCAAGUUUGGUCCACUAGACCAAACAACCGGUAACAGAAAGAUAUUAUGGAUGCAAACAAUUACUACUAACAGUAGUAAGGAUGACAAUAUGAUCACUUCUGACCAAUUCUUCACUUCAGAGUUCAGCAGUCUUCUCAAGUUUGAUCCAAAUAGAAAUAUUCUCUUUUCUGGCGAGUUUGGUAGUUAUGUAUCAUUCCAAGGGCAAAAUGUAACCAGCUCUUUUGAUAGAAAUUUUUUCCUUGCUAAAACUGAUUCAAAUGGUUUCUUGCAAUCAAUGCUUACUUUCCAAAACGUUUACAAUACAACAUUUGAUGUAGAUUCAAGUGGUUUCACCUACGUAUCUGGAGUUAUUCGACCAGGUGGUAGUAAUGUUGGUAAUCCCAAUGAAGUCAGAUCUAGAUUUUUCGCUUCCAAGUAUUGUGUUAGAAAUAGAGAAAGAUGGUAUAAGGAAACUAUUAUUGAAAAAUCCAAAGAUACAGUUUAUGGAGCUAUUUAUUCGGCAUACAGCGAAUCAAAUAAGGCCUAUGUUGUUUCAUUCUACAAUAGAACCCUUCCAAGUUUACCAACAAUUUAUACAAUUAUGUUUAAGGAUGAACAAUGUUAUCAUUGUCCUGCAGGUACAGCAAGUGAUGAGCUUUCUGCCUUCUCAAAUGAAACCUGUACACCUUGUCCUUAUGGACAAUACAAUCCUUAUGUAGGAGCUUCUUCAUGUAUUCCAUGUCCUAUUUCAACCCACAAUCCUGUAAUGGGUUCUAUUUAUCCUUCUUCAUGUAUUCCAUGUGAACCUGGUACUUUUGGAAAAACAAUUGGACAGAGAUUGUGCGACUCAUGUCCAAAAGGAUCUUUUUCAAAUACUACUGGACAAGUUUUAAAUUGUACAGCUUGUCCAAUUGGUACAUUUGCACCUGUGACUGGUUUAAAGAAAUGUCUUCCUUGCCCUACAGGUCAAUACGCAGAUCUAAUGCAACAAUAUCAAUGUACACUCUGUGAAAAAGGUACCUAUCAACCACUAUUUGGUCAAAAUAGUUCAAUGUCAUGUUUGCCAUGCUCGACUGGUACUUUUAGCGCAAAUCCUGGAGCUCCUCAUUGUACCAAGUGUGCAGCAGGUACAGCAAACUCUAAUAUGAACAGUUAUCAAGCAUCAGAUUGUAAACCUUGCUCAGCUGGAUCAUACUCUGAAAAGGAGGGUGCCUCUAUUUGCUCAAAAUGCACACUUGGAACCUUUAAUCCAAAUGAGGGUUCAUCCAACUCUACCAGUUGUGUUCCUUGCCUUCCUGGUACUUAUGCUAAUACUAUGGGUCAAAAGGAAUGUACAGCUUGUGUUGCUGGAACAUUCCAACCAAAUAGUGGAUCCGAAUCAGAAGGAGAUUGUAAAUUGUGCCCAAUUGGAACUUAUUCAAACUCUACUGGUUCUCCUGUUUGUUAUUCUUGUCCAACAGGUAUGACUACAGAAAGUGCUGGUUCUAAGAAUUUAUCUAUUUGCGUAUACUGUAAGGAGGGUUUCUUCCUUAAUGGAGAUUUACAAUGUGAAAUUUGUCCAUUUUCUACUUACUCUGAUUUGAAAGGUGCUGUCAAAUGUACUUCUUGUCCACUGGGUUUACCAACAUUCACGAAUGGAAACACUUCAUAUGCUGCUUGUGUUAUUGUUCCAAUUCUAAUUGUAGCUGGUAUUUUGAUAAUUCUUGUGGUUGCUAUACCAUUGGGUAUAUUUGCUUUCAUGUUUAGAAGACAAUCACAAACUCUCAAGAGAAAGAAGAAGGCAGAAGAUGAAAUGUUAUCUAAACUUCUCGAGCACAACACUAAAUCAAGUUUCUAUUCUUCAAUGGACUCUACAAAUACAUCUGCCCAUUUGAUUCCAAUUGAAGAUUUGGAAUUCAAGGAGAGAGUUUCAGAAGGUGCUGGAGGUGUUAUUUUCAGAGCUUCUUGGAAAGGUACUGAAGUUGCUGUCAAGAGAAUCAAAUCUAACCAAUUUGGUUGUGAUGAUGAUGAAAACUUUGAACAUGAAGCUAAUAUUUUAACAGGAUUGAGACACCCUAAUGUUGUCUUACUUAUUGGUGUCAGUGUGGACGAGGAUAACAAGUAUAUCGUAACUGAGUUUGUAAAAGGUGGAAGUUUGGACAAGAUCAUCUAUCCUAAGAAGAGGAAGGCUAGAAAUGAAAUUAUUACAUUUGGAAGAAAACUUGAAAUAUUGAAGGAUAUUUGUAGAGCUUUGAUUUAUUUACAUAACACUAAACCACCUAUCAUUCACAGAGAUUUGAAACCUCAAAAUGUUCUCAUAGAUGAAGCUGGCAAUUGUAAGGUUUGUGACUUUGGUGUGUCAAAGCCAUUGUCUUCACUCACAAUGACUGGUGUUUGUUAUGGUACUAUCCAAUACACAAGUCCAGAAAUCCUCAAGCAAUCUAGAAGAUAUACAGUCAAAUGUGAUGUUUUCAGUUUUGCCAUCCUCAUGUAUGAAUUAUUCUUCAUGGUACAACCAUAUACAGAACUUCCAAAAUCUCCCCUCACCAAGAAGGAAAGGUCUAGUAUUGGAAUUAGUACUGAAUCUAAUAGUGGUUCACAAAUUUCUGAUUUGACAAGCUCUGACACAUCAGGUCAUACUACAUUUAUAGGCUCUGAUAUGAUGAGUAUCUUCUCUAUUGGUAGUGAAGUUAUUCAGGGCAGAAGACCAGUCAUUCCAUGGGAAAUAAGCUCAGUAAGAAACAAUGCACUCCAAAUUCAAAACGACUCGUCCGAAUUCGAGCAAGACGAAGAUACCCUAAAAUGUGAAUGGUAUUUAUUCUGUAAUAAGCAAAAGAAUAGAGUAGAAUUGACCAGUUCCAAUCUAUUGAUCCCACUUGUUGAUAAGUACACAGAAUUGAUGAAGACAUGUUGGGCAACUGAUGAAAAUAUCAGACCUGACUUUUCAGAAAUUCUUGAAGCCAUUUAUGAAAUUGAGGAAAUGUGGCAAGAUGUUGUAGAGUAACAUCUCCCAUUCCUUCCGACAAAAUAAAGACAAAAAAUAUUUUUACU